AUGGCUGCCAUUUCCCUGAAACAAAACCUCAGCCCUCGGAUCACCCCUGAAGAACCCCAACAACGAACCAUAUCCGUUGAAAUCCCAGGCCUCAUCCGGGUCUUCAAGGACGGACACGUGGAGCGGCCCCACCUCGUGCCAUGUGUCCCACCCUCAUUGGCCCCCGAGCUUGGAGUCACGUGCGGUGACGCGACCGUUGACCAGUCCACCUCCGUCUGGGCCCGCAUCUACCUCCCGAGACCGGCCCCCCAAUUGCUCCCUCUCCUCGUCUACUUCCACGGUGGCGGCUUCUGCGUGGGCUCCGCCUCCUGGGCCUGCUACCACCAGUUUCUCGGCCAGCUGGCCUCCGCCGCAAACUGCGUGGUCGUGUCGGUGGACUACCGCCUGGCGCCGGAAAAUCCGCUCCCGGCGGCCUACGACGACGGCGCGGCGGCGGUGGGCUGGGUCCGGCGGCAGGCGGAGGAGGAGGGCUCCGGCUGGUGGGCCAGCCGGUGCGACUUCAAGAGGAUCUUCCUGGGCGGGGACAGCGCCGGCGGGAACAUAGCCUGCCACGUGGCGCUGCGGCAGAGGCCGGAGGAGGUCAGGGGGCUUAUUCUGAUACAGCCUUUCUUCGGCGGGGAGGAGCGGACCGGCUCGGAGAGGCAGGCCUCGGCGGGGUCCGCCCUGACGCUAGCGGCGGCCGACGCGUACUGGCGGAUGGCGCUGCCGGAGGGGGCCAACCGGGACCACCCGUGGUGCAACCCGGCGGCGCCGGAUGUGGAUGUGUUGGUGUGCGUUUCGGGGAUGGAUAUUUUGAGGGAUAGGAAUUUGGAGUUUUGCGGGCGGAGGGUUGAGCGCGUGGUGUAUGAGGGCGUGGGCCACGCGUUUCAGAUUUUGGACCGCUCGCCUUUGGCUCAAAUCCGAGCUCGUCAGAUGAUUUGUCGUAUUAAGGAUUUUGUUGCUAUGUGA